AUGGCCGACAACAACACCGCCUCAUGCCCUUUUUGCCCUUUCACGGACUUCGAUGCUAAUUUUGUGUCCCAACACAUCGAAUUCUGCCACCCAGAAACUGGGGCAACGGGUUUCCUGCAGGACAACCCGCAGGAAUUCGCAGGUCAAAGCUCGGCUCCACCGCCAGUGGACGAGGAUGGCGCAGAAAAAUAUAUCGACUGUCCACAUGGAUGUGGUGAGACAAUAGAAAGUGCCGAGCUCUCGAGUCACCUGGAUCUGCAUGUCGCAGAGGACAUGGCGCUGGAUGAUAUCGGGGCCACACCGUCACGCUCAACUCCAGACGUGCAUGACCAUGGGUAUGAUGAGUCCUUUGAUGAUGAAGAUCCCCUAGACAUGGUCGACUCUCACAAAGGAGGCAAGCGUGGGAUGCAACGAGACUCCUCGCGAGUAAACACUGCCAAGCCACCACGGCCUCACAGUCCCCCAAGGACAACCAAUGCCGAUGGCACAAAGAGACUAGGGCGCUCAGAACUGGGUCCUCAUGCCCACGAGAAAAAAAUGCCAUCAUGGCUAAGGAACAUGUUGGAAAAAGGCGGCAGCAUAUCAAAGCAAACGCAAAUCACUUCGGACGGCAAAUUCACACGGCGCGAGACAGUAGAAAACGAGACCGACCAUCUGAUUCCUGUUAUUGCUCGGUUGUGCGAACAGGACAAGUCCGUCCAGCGGGCAUUCUUCUGUAGCCCCAAAGUCCGCCAUAUCUGCAAGAUGCGCCGGGAAGGCGGGUUUUGUGGCUAUCGUAAUAUCCAAAUGAUGGUCUCUUGGCUGAAAAAGUCCCGUGGCUUUGGCCAUGAGCACUUCCCAAAAAAGGGGCCGACGAUCCUUGAGCUGCAGGACAUGAUUGAAUCGGCCUGGGAUUUGGGGUUCAAUAGUUCUGGAAGAGCCGAAACAGGUGGUAUCAAAAAUACCCGCAAGUUUAUUGGAACGCCUGAAGCACAAGCACUUUUGAUGAGCCUAGGAAUUCCAUGUGAAGCCAGGAGUCUGGCAGAGAGAAGCGAUGUACGGGCCUGUGAUGCUCUUUACAUUGAUGUCGCCGACUAUUUCCGAUCAGCUUGCUCACCAGAAGACCAGACGAAGAUCGUUCAGACUGAUCUCCCUCCGAUAUACUUCCAGCAUCAAGGUCAUUCUAUGACAAUUGUCGGAUUUGAAAUACGAGCCAACGGCAGCGCAAAUCUGCUGGUUUUCGAUCCCAUGUUCAAGACUUCCCCUGCAAUGGAGCGUCUAAUCGGGGCGUUUGUCAAGCCUUCAGAUCCCACUCGACUUCUCAAAGCAUAUCGCAGGGGAACGCCUUAUCUGCAAAAGUACAAAAUAUUCGAGCUUCUCAAGCUACGUAUAACCAGCCCGGAACAUGAAAUCAUAUAA